AAUUGUUGUGAUAAACUUAUUAAAUAGAAUAUGUGACGAUAUUUAAUGCCGAAAUUAUAAAAGAGCAAUGGGCGAAUUUUUUGCUUAUACCAGACAGAAGCUACUGCGUUGCUUGAUUGCUGAAUUUCUGGGAACUUUCUUUUUUGUGUUCUUCGGGUGCUUGUCAGUUAUAAGUGAGGCACAGAGUGGAUAUAAAACAGGAUACCUCGCACCAGCCUUAUGUUUUGGACUUCUAAUAGCUGUGAUUUAUAGCGUGAUUGGACCUACCAGUGAUUGCCAUAUUAAUCCCUGUGUCACGAUGGCUUUUGCUAUUCUUAAAAGAAUUCCUCCUCUGGAAGCCUUCCUCUACAUCCUUCUUCAAGUAACUGGUGGAGUGGCUGGCUCAGCUGUGUUGUAUGCUCUGACGUAUCCAGACUGGACUGAAGCGGGGCAACUGGGUCUACUUAAACUCCCCCCUGGAAUUGAAUGGUACCAAGGUCUCCUUAUGGAGAUAAUGCUCUCCAGUUUAUUCGCAGUCCAGCUGUUGAACUCAAGUCAACCAAACAAAGCUCCUUCUCAAUACGACUACGGUCUUUCUCUGGAAAUAGCAGCAGCGUAUACUGCUUUGACAAUAGCUGGCGGGGGGUUUUCGGGUUGCGCUUUGAAUCCCAUUCGAGCUUUUGGACCCGCUUUGAUUCUGUUAGAUUUCACCGACCACUAUGUUUAUUGGGCUGGUCCGAUAGUUGGAACUUUACUUGGAAUGUCAUUUUAUGCCCUGUUUUUGAAUCAAGCAUUGUUCCUGUGGAAGGAAAAGGUGGAAAAUGGAAAAGAUAGCAGCAAAAACAACGAAGAUAAAUCAGAUGGAGACAAAUCAAGCAGUAUGAAUUCAGAUGAAAAGCAUAAACAAAGAGAAAUAGAGAGCAUGAAGCGAGCGACCAAUCCCAUUAUAGUGGUGGGCACUUCUAAAGAGGGAGCAUCACUCAAUCCUUCUGCAGGCGAAGAGUACAUAUCGCGAGUCAUCUCUAAUGACGAUAUCUCGGACCAGUCGAUCGUUAAGGCAGAUCUUGAAGCACUUAGUCGCGGAAAUGCUGCCGAUUGAAGCAAAAAUCGAACCGAACUAACUGACUGAAUUGUUAUUGUUUUUUUUAAUUAAAGAUAAUAAUUUUUGAAUAGGAUCUGAUUUCAUGGGUUUUGACAUUUUGAAUGUUUUGUGAAAAUUGAAUAUGAUUUAUUGCGAUUUAUCUUGACGUGAUUCAUUUUCAUUGUUUUCAAAGCUAUGUGCGUUUGACCAUUUAUUUAACUAACUGUCUCCAUGCUUGCUGUAAAAAAAAAAGAUUUGCCGUUGAACAGUACUUUGUUACAAGGUAUGUAAAUAAUCUUGGUUCAGUUUGUUGAUGAAAAAAAAAUAAAAAAUCUUUGUGUAUACGUAUGUAAUUAUGUAAAAUUAACUUUGAUUGUUGUAAAAAGAAAGAAAUUUUCAGUUUUUUUU